UAACGGUGUACUUAUACAACGGCGCCUCGUUGGCACAUCGUAAGGGCAAUGUGAGACAAGUUCACGGCAGCAUCACUAUCACGUGAGGUCAUAUCAUUGAAUCAGGUUGGCCAAAUGAUGGGCCACAAAUCCGAAAAAAGCUGCUCCUGUGAGUCUGCUGUGUCAACGUGCAACACAGUGCUGUAUUUUUCCAUUGGUGUGUCAUGUCAAAGCGCAAACAAAAUCCCGAUGCAGACGCAGAUUACGAUAGUUCUGAUGAAGAGACACCCGCUUUUGUCGACGUUGACUUUGAUUUCUUCAGUUUGAACGCUGAGGUCGAUUACCAUGCUAUCAACCGGUUAUUGAUUCAACUGUUUGGCGCCGACGCCGAAGGCUUGCAGACAGGAAGGCUGGCAGACUUGAUCUUGUCUGCAGCGGACUCGGGCGUCGGGAGCACCAUCAAAACAGACGGCGAAGAGAGCGAUCCGUGUGCUCUUCUUACCGUCUUGAGCUGCGAUGCACACCGAGAUAAUCCUGCUGUGAAGGUUCUCAUAGAGUACAUGCUGUCAAAGAUAUCAGCGGAUCUUACCUUCCACAGCACGUUGUCAUCGCUGCUGGCGCCAAAAACUCAGGUUCAGAAUCAGGCCCAAGCGCACCUAGGACUUGUCUUGAGUGAACGCUUGAUCAAUAUGCCGGUGCAGGUCGUUCCACCCAUGUAUCGUAUGCUCGUCGACGAAUUACAAGACGCAGUUGCAGAUGGUGAUCCUUAUAAUUUUACACACUACUUGUUUAUAUCCCGUGUGUAUCGCCUGACACCCGAGGAAGAGGAGGCGAUGGCUGCUGCACAGAGGAAUUCGAAGCGGUAUAAGUCGGCGGGAGGUUCUGAACUGGGAAGGAGCAGAGAUGGUGUAUAUGGAUUCCAUCCAGAGGAUGAGGAAAUAAUGAAGUUCUCCGAACACGUGUUGACAUACUCGUAUACCAAUGCGCCGGCACGCGAUGCGGAGAGUAUUGGUCUCGAUGUUGGUGGACGGGCAAUGCUGGUUCCUGCAGAUCGGUUUGAAGCACUAGUCCGCACUAUUGGAGAGGUAUUUUCUGCACCCGGUUCAACAUAAGGUACUUCGGAGGCUUCCUUCAAUAGGCAAAUGAAAAAAAAAAACUUGUUGGCCCGGAGUACUUGACGGAGUCCUGUGUAGCACAGCAUUACAUAAUCGG